AUGUCCGAAGGUUCUCUUAUUCUACUGAAAACAGAUUUGUGGACUGCUUUUCUCCAGGCGGAAUUGUAGCUAAGGCUGGCAAGAGCAAGGGUUUCGAUGGCCGCAAAUUCUUCAUGGAUUUGGCGACCGGCGGAUGCGCCGCCGCCGUUUCCAAAACCGCCGUUGCUCCCAUUGAACGCGUCAAACUGCUUCUGCAGGUUCUAGUUUCCUUUUCUUUUUUGGCGACGUUUGCUGCUAGGUACAAGACGCGUCGACAACUAUCACUGCAGACAAGCGGUACAAAGGAAUUAUAGAUGUGUUUGUUCGGGUGCCUAAAGAGCAAGGAUUCGCCGCACUAUGGAGAGGUUUCUCAAUUUUCCCGAUCUCAAAACGGUCCAUCUGUUGCAGGAAACCUGGCUAACGUGAUCAGAUACUUCCCGACGCAAGCGCUCAACUUUGCCUUCAAAGACACCUAUAAGAAUAUGUUCUUGCGGGGUGUCGACAAGAAGAAGGAUUUCUGGAAGUUCUUUGCUGGAAACCUGGCUUCGGGAGGCGCCGCCGGAGCCACGUCGCUUUGUUUUGUGUAUCCGCUAGACUUUGCACGUACUCGUCUGGCUGCGGACGUCGGCAAGGGCUCCAACAGAGAAUUCAAAGGACUCGGCGACUGCCUCAUAAAGAUCGUCAAAUCCGACGGACCUAUCGGUCUCUACCGGUUCGUAACUUUUGAAACAAAAAAGAGCAAGUCCUUUUUCAGUGGAUUCUUCGUUUCUGUUCAAGGCAUUAUCAUCUAUCGUGCAGCCUACUUUGGAAUGUUCGACACUGCUAAGAUUGUGUUUUCGGCGGAUGGCAAGAAGCUGAACUUCUUUGCCGCCUGGGCCAUCGCUCAGGUUAGGGAAGCGAAACAUAAACUUUCAGGUUGAUGGUUUGCAGGUGGUGACGGUCGGAUCCGGAAUCCUGUCGUAUCCAUGGGACACCGUGAGACGUCGUAUGAUGAUGCAGUCCGGCAGGAAGGACAUUCUUUACAAGAACACGUUUGAUUGUGCCAAAAAAAUUAUUCAGAACGAAGGAAUGUCGGCCAUGUUCAAGGUUAUAAUCAUUUGAGUUUUACAAUUUUCCAGCUUUCAGGGAGCCCUUUCAAACGUUUUCCGAGGAACUGGAGGAGCACUCGUUCUUGCUAUUUACGACGAAAUCCAGAAAUUUAUUUGA